AUGGUUGUAAUGAGACCUGUCGAUAUCACAACUUAUGGCUCUGAAACUAUCUUGGAGAGUGCCUUGUUAGCAGAUCCAUCCGCAAUUGCAGUUUCUCCAUUCACAGAUGACAUUUUCAUUGCAGAUAUGAAUCAUCACACCAUUCGAAAAAUUGAUAUCAGAACUCGAUCCAUUUCUACCGUCGCAGGAAUUCCUGGUGUUGCCGUCUCCCCUCUGACUGGAGAGGUCUAUUUCUCUUCUAAAUUCAAGGUAAUGAAAGUGCUGUUGAAUGGAACACUUGUCACUGUGGCUGGUAAUGGUCUUUACAAUUAUACGGGUGAUAAUGGAUUGGCCACACAGGCUUCGCUGAAAUCUCCUUCAUGUCUUGCUUUCAUGUCCAAUGGAGAUUUGUUAAUUGUGGAUAAUGGUGCCACUCUGGAUGGAACGAUGCUGACAACAACCGAAUUCGAAAAAUUUCACCAAGUGGAGUCAUUUCAACGAUUGAAGGAUUGGGAUGGUGUGGUUUUUCUGCUGGAGUUGUCACAACUAAGGGCUCCUCUGCAGGUUAUUCAGGGGGUUCUCUAUAGUUUUUCAGAUACCAAUAAUCAUCGUAUAAGACAAAUUGCAACGGAUGGUCUCCUCUGGACCAUUGCAGAAAAUGGAACUGCUUGUUAUGAUACAGGUUCUUCUUCAAGCAUUUAUGGUCUCUCACCAUUUGCCACUGGAACUUGUCUCAACUAUCCUCAAGGUCUCAUCAUGUCACAAAAUGGAGAGUUCUUCAUUUCAGACUCGAACAAUCAUUGUAUUCGAAAGUUAUCGCCUAAUUGUUUGAAUCAAUGGUAUUGA